AUGUCUGAAAAUAAACCCAAAUCCGAAGAUGUACAACAACAAAGCGAAACAACUGCCACCAAUUCAUUGCAAUCCCCCACAGAGCCACCAUUAUUUCCACCCGCAAAACCUGGCAAAAAACCCGAUUAUGGUACCAAUAACACCUUGGAGCUGUUAGAAAAAAUACCCAGUAAAGUUGUAGAGAUGAAAUUAGAUGAUGUCCUUACCGCUGUCAAGGAUGUCGACAAUUUAUGUGAUUAUGCCCGCUGCAAGGCGAAAACAAGUCUAAUGGGUCAGAAUUGUGAUCAUUGCCAGAAAAGAUAUUGUUUUAAACAUGGCCUACCCGAGGUGCAUGGUUGCGGUGAGGCUGCCAAAAAGACGGAACGUAAACAAUUUCUACACCCGAAGCCGGUGAAAACGGUCCGCCAGGAAGAAGAAUUGGAAAAGGCGAAAAAGAAAUUGCAUUCCAAGCUAAAGGAUAUGCAAGUGGGAAGGAUGCAGAAAACGGGUGAUUUGCCACAAAGUAGUCGUGGUGGAGGUGGCGGGGCAAGAAAAAAGAAAGCGAAGUGA